CCCGAGAAUCGUGCCACUUCUCCGCAGAGUCCAGCUUCGUUCGGUACUCACUGGAUCUGACAUUCGUUGUGCUGUUUUGAUCAAAUUCACCUUUACUAUUGUCUACUUACAUUUUAAAUUAAUUCGUACAUGUUCAACAUCUUCUCUGAAGGAUGAACAACGGUAAUUUUCUCCCAUGAGUAGAACAAGUAACUUCGAAGAUUACGCAGGCACCAAUCUCAAUUCCACGGCAUUGAGAGAAAAGUUGCCAAUGGAAAUGAAACGCUUUUCUGGUACUAGUGCUAGUAGUGUCCUACAAUUCAGUAUGGAAUAAUCAGCAUGAAGAUGAGUGCUCUAUGUAUUAUUUUUGAGCAACGCGCACAAGGGGGCUCUCAACAGUUUCUAUAAUUCAUUGAACUAGUUCAAUAAUUGUUGGCCAUGUAUGGCGCAAGCCUCUCGGAUGUCGUGUUGUUCUCUUCUCAGUGGCUCACGCAAAGCCUCGCGCUCGACUGUCAUCGGGAUGAUCUCGCAGGACAUGAAUGGCAAUGGUCAUGAGUGCAGCUUCCAACUCUCAACCAUAGCGAUCAACGGAUAGACUAGGUAUGGCUAUCCUGAUCCUAGUCGUAUGAUGCGUGUUCAGUCCGAUCCCUUCUGACAUGCUUCUGCUGAUGGUGUAUGAUUCAUCUUACCCAAUGAACCAAACAGGGACUACGCCAGCCAGUUUUCAUAAGUCGCAGGCAGGUACAUCAAGGCUUGCUUGCUUUCAAGAUUCCGACUCUGUGCCCUCACUGAGAAACGAACCUGGCGCGGAGGCCUGUGCUCUUGUGGUCCAGCACUGGCCUAACCCUUGAGCGGCAAAAGUGAUUAAAUUGGAAGGAGUGUAGUGGAAUAUAUAAAACCAUCAAAAUGUCCGGCGAGGCCAAGGAGAUCGCCAAGAAGUUGGGACAGAAAUCCGACUGGCGCGAGUGGCAGCGAGCUGUAUGCCAAGAAGCUAGCCGACUAGGCUUAUACUUGAGAACUACACGAACGUAGUCAACGUACCGGCCGCCCCACAUGGUGCGCCACAAGGUAAC